AUGACCGCUGCGGGCAGCCUCUUCUUCGGCACCCUUAUUGCCGAAGUGGCAGUCGACUACAAGUACGUUCAAGAGGACUUCAGCAUGCUCUACUCUCCCGGCUUCACGGCCGAGGAAGCCGUUGCGGCCGUCGUGUCCGGCACCAAAGACUUUGCGGCGAUGGACGCCGCGUACCCGGCCGACUGGCAGGAGGCCAACAACGUCAUCCACUUGCCCGUCGUGGGCCAGGCCAUCGUCAUCGCCUACAACCUGGCCGGCAGCCCAGCCGGGGUCAAUGACACCCUGGUGCUGAGCAUGCCGGUGUUGGCCGACAUCUGGGCCGGCAACAUUCUCUAUUGGAACGACUCGGCCAUCGCCCAGCUCAACCCGGGCUUCCCGCUGCCCGGCGAGCCGAUCGCGCUCAUCUUUGCCAACGAGACCCGCGCCAGCAUCUCCGACGUGUUCGCCAACGCCCUGUCGGACUUCAACCCAGAGUUCAGGCUCGGCCUGGGCUCCAACCAUUCCUUCGCCAGCAAGUGGGUGCCGCGCGGCGUCAACCCCCUGCGCUCCGUGGCCGUCGCCCCGGGCGAGCAGCAGCUGGGCUACGUUCUGGUACCCCACACCCAGUUCAAGUUCGGCCACGCCGUUCCGUACAGCAUGACCUACACAACGACCGUGUUCGCGGGCAUGGCCAACCUGACCUAUGCGCGUAUGAAGAACAAUGCUGGUACAUCAUCGGGCGUCUCAAACUGUUACGAAACUAUGAUCAAGAGCUCACACAACAAAACAGGAGCGACGGUCGUGGCCUCGAUGGAGUCGGUGCAAUCGGCGCUGUCGGAGGUGUCAGACCGAGCCACUGCUCGUCAACUGUUGGUGGAGGUGCACAACGGCAACCUCUCGACGUCGUGGCCCGCGGUCAUGAUGAGUUCGGUCACGGUCCAAGUCAGCAUCACAUCCACGGACUGCAACUGGCUCACCUACGGCGAGCAGAUGCUCACGUGGACCCAGCUCAACGCGCUGGCCGUGAGUGGCCUGGUAGAGCGCCUCGGCUACGUGCCUCUGCCUCUCUCCUACAAACGGCUGCUGAUGGACGCCUAUGGACUUUUGACAUGCAACGGCAAGCAGACGUUCUCGGCCAAGGUGGUGAUUGGCAAGGGGAGAGCCUUCGCGAUCGGUCCCAUCUGGACCCGCUCGUAUCCGUUCGAUUCCAACUUCCAAAUGACCUACCUCGCCACCGACAGCGAGACAGAGUCCAUGAACGAUCUGACCGCCAGCACGUCUCCCACUCACCUCUUUUUCUUUUUCUUCUUCUUCUGUGAAACACUAACAUGCCACAACGUUGACUUUAGUAUUGUGGGACUGGACCUUGCCGAAGAGACGACCAAGAAGCGCCAGGCCACGGCCGGUGACGAGUUCAGCAUCCCCGUGGUGGCCCAUGCGAUCGGCGUGGGGUACAAUUUGCCGCAGCUGCAGAUGAUGGCCCCGCUGGCGCUCAAUCUGUCGACACUGGCCGACAUCUACCUGGGCACGGUCGACACUUGGGACCACCCAGCGAUCCGCGAGCUCAAUCCCGACCUCCAGGGCCUGCUCCCCGCGCAGCCCAUCACCGUGGCGCUCCCCAACAGCGACGACAAGGCCACCCGCAUCCUCAUCCAAACUCUGAGCGCGGCCAGCCAAACCUUCAGAGAUCAGGUUCAUGCCAGCACACAGCGCACUCGCCGCACGCACCGCACGCGCAUUAACCCAAAACGAUCUCAGGUGGGCACCUCGGGCCACUUUCCGGUGGCGGACACGGGCAGAGCGGUGGUGGUGGACGACGUGACCACGCCGCUGCAGGCAACGUCCUACACCCUGGCGGUGGCCUCGCAGGAGCCCAUUCGCACCCUGCGCUACCUGGGUUUCGCCGACCUGAUCAACCUCCAGAACGUGCGUCUCACCGCGACGUCGGCCAGCAUCUCCUCAGCCAUCAACGACUACCGAGCCCGGCCCUUCACCUCCUACCUUGUAAAUGGGGCAGGAAGUGGGAGCUGGCCGAUGGUGACCUAUGACCACCUGGUGCUCCGCACGCGGUCGAUGACCAACUGCAACAAGGCGCGCUCGCUGGUCGACUACAUCUACUGGUCGCAGGUCAACGCCGACGCGCGCACCCUCGCCCAAGAGAACAUGCUGGCGAUUCCCGACCACCCCGAGGUCAGGGCCAAGAUGGCGCAGCUGCUGACCAGCACCACGUGCGACAACGCGACGGUGAGCUCGUUCGCGGCGUGCGUGAGCGGCGGCGCGGUGUGCUCCGACCGCGGCGUGUGCGACAUCAGCGGCGUGUGCCAAUGCGACGCCGGGUUCACCGGCACCUACUGCGAGUCGCUCAAGUCUGACUCGGGCAGCGACACCACCGUGCUGCUGGCCGCUCUGCUCGGCUCGCUCAUACCGGCCGCCAUCGUGCUGUGCCUGAUCGUGGUCGUGGUCGGACUCGUGGUCUGGACCCGCUCGCGGCGCGAGAAGGAGGACGAAUGGGAGGUCGACGUCGACGAGCUCGAGAUGGGCGAAGAGCUGGGCACCGGCGGAUAUGGCACGGUGCACAAGGCCAUGUGGAAAGGAACCGAGGUGGCGGUGAAGAUGCUGCUCACCACCACCUCGUCCGCCGCGACCAAGGAGCUGGAGCGGAGCUUCAAGGAGGAGGUCAAGGUCAUGACGUCGCUGCGGCACCCCAACGUGGUGCUGUUCAUGGCCGCGUGCACGAGGCCACCCAAGAUGUGCAUCGUCAUGGAGCUCAUGACCCUCGGCUCCCUCUUCGAUUUACUGCACAACGAGCUGGUGUCGGACAUUCCGUUCAGUCUGCGGGUCAAGAUCGCCUACCAGGCGGCCAAGGGCAUGCACUUCCUCCACUCGUCGGGCAUCGUGCACCGCGACCUCAAGUCGCUCAACCUCCUCCUCGACAACAAGUGGAAUGUCAAGGUGAGUGACUUUGGGUUGACCCAGUCGAAGGAGCAGCUGGCGCGCGGCGACAAUCGGGUGGCACAGGGCAGCAUUCACUGGAUGGCGCCCGAGGUGCUCAACGAGUCGAUGGACAUCGAUUACAUGCUGGCCGACGUGUACUCGUUCGGCAUCAUCCUGUGGGAGCUCCUCACCCGGCAGCAGCCCUAUUACGGCAUGACGCCUGCUGCGGUAGCGGUGACGGUGAUCAGGGACCGGGCGCGGCCGCCGAUGCCCGACGAAAAGGACCUGCUCGAACCCACGCCAGCCGAGUACAAGGAGUUGAUGCAGAACGCCUGGCACCCCGACCCCUCCAUCCGGCCCUCCUUCCUCGAGGCGAUGACGCGAUUGAGCGCGAUGGGCGAAAACUGGCUGACCUCGGGCACGACGAGCUCGUCGAGCCAGAGCUUCUCCGAUCGCCUGGGCGGCUCGCACAGCUCCACCAGCCACCACACCACCACCGCCUCGUCCAGCAGCGCCGGCUCCAGCGGGAUGAACGAUCUGAAGGGCUCGGGCGGGCUGCCCACGACGCCGACGAGCGGGGUGCGGGCGCCCGAGGGCGAGGUGACGAUCGUGUUCUCGGACAUCACGCGCGCCGCCUCGCUGUGGGAGUUCAACGCCGACGCCAUGCGCGACGCCACCAUCCUCCACAACGCCCUGCUGCGCGACCUCCUCAAAAAGCACCGCGGCUACGAAGUGAUCUUCCUCCGGGAUCGGAUCAGUGGCGAGGGCUCGUUUUGUAUGGCCUUCGGGAGCACGGCGGACGCGGUGGAGUGGUGCAUGGACGUCCAGCUGGCCCUGGUGAGCGCCGAUUGGCCCAAGGAGCUCAUCGACCACCCCGGCGCCGCGGAGGAGUGGGACGAGAUCAACGAACGUGGUGUUCCGAGGGCUGCGGGUGCGGAUGGGAGCCCAUGUGGGCUGCCCCCGUUGAUUCGCGACCCGAAGACGAGGCGCGUGGAGUACAUCGGCCCGGUGGUCAACGCCGCCGCCCGCAUCACCGCCAUCACCAACGGCGGACAGGUGGUGAUCUCGCGGGAGGCGAUGGCGAAGCUAAAGGGCACCACGUUGGCCGAUGAGCCCAACCGAUUCGUAAACCUGGGCAACUUUGAGAUGGCCGACAACCCGCGCGGUUCCCAGCUGUAUGAGGUGAAGGUGCGAGGGCUCGAGGCGCGAUUCUUCGGCGAUGCGGCCUACGACCUCAACGACGCGGACAAUGCGACGGGCGACAGCGCCGGGUCGGGCUCGUCCUCGCACGGCCGCGACCUGAGCCACGGCGCGCCUCUGGCCUCGCCCCGCGGCGACAUGGGCGAGGGCAUGGCCUUCAAGGAGGACAACUUCCUCACCUCCGCCAACCUCUGUCGAUGGAUCAUCGACUUCAACGAAAUCAGCAUGGGCAAACAGGUGGGCAUGGGGUCGUACGGGAUGGUGUACCGCGGGAAGUGGAAGGGCGUGGACGUGGCGGUGAAGCGGUUCAUCAAGCAGCAGCUCGACGAGCGGCGCCUGCUCGAGUUCCGCGCCGAGAUGGCCUUCCUCUCCGAGCUCCACCACCCCAACAUCGUUCUCUUCAUCGGGGCGUGCGUGAAGCGGCCCAACCUGUGCAUCGUUACGGAAUUCGUGCAGCAGGGUGCGCUCAAGGAGAUCCUGGCCGACAGCGCGGUGCGGCUGCCCUGGGAGCGCCGCCUGCGGGUGCUGCGGUCGGCCGCCGUGGGCCUGGCCUACCUGCACUCGCGCGACAUCAUCCACCGCGACGUCAAGCCCUCCAACCUCCUCGUUGACGAGAACUGGAACGUGAAGGUGGCCGACUUUGGCUUCGCGCGCAUCAAGGAGGACAACGCGACCAUGACUCGCUGCGGCACCCCCUGCUGGACCGCGCCGGAGGUGAUACGGGGCGAGCGGUACUCGGAGAAGGCCGACGUGUACUCGUUCGGCAUCAUCGUGUGGGAGGUGCUCACGCGCAAGGUGCCCUUCGCCGGCCGCAACUUUAUGGGCGUCACGCUCGAGGUCCUGGAGGGCCGCCGCCCGCAGAUCCCGGCCGACUGCCCCGCCGCCGUGCGGAAGCUCAUGAAGAAGUGCUGGCACGCCAACGCCGACAAGCGACCGGCCAUGAGCGACGUCGUCGCCACGCUCGACGGGCUCCUCGGCAACAACAGCAGCAACACCGUCGACGCCGUGGUCGACGUCAUCAGCGUCUAG